UCACCAGCCAGAAAUAUUGAUUUAAAAUGUAUUCUAUUAUCGAGAGGUGUGUCUCAACAUUUACUGUCAAAGUAACUUCAGAAAGAGAUUAAAAUAUAAACAACAAACACGCACCUCGUCACCGUGAACAGUAACAACCUGUGACCGACAGGGGGCAGCAUUGUCCAUAAACCCGAAGGAUGAACUGUCCAGCAUCAUUCUCACUUCCACUGGAGCAUCUCCUCAUCUGACAGACAGCAGAGGCUACCCUUCCACGAUCUUAAAGGAUACGACACGCAGCUGCAGAGGCUGCCAGCUCCCACUGUAGCAGACAAAGUCGAUGACUGAGAACUCCGCCUCCCAUUAUGGACAAGAAAAGUGCCAACGGCUUUCAGACCAAGGCCAGUGAGGGUGGUGUUCAGAGGAAGCAGCUGCCCUACUCAGUGGAAACUCCCUAUGGCUUCCAUCUGGACCUUGACUUCCUCAAGUAUGUCGAUGAUAUUGAAAAAGGCAAUACCAUCAAAAGGGUCCACAUUCAGCGCAGGAUUAAAGGCCCACCCAAAUUCAGCACCCUGCCCAGAAAUUUUAGCCUUCCUGGGCACGGGGUCCGUCCUGCCCCUAAGGAGAGUGCAUGGUCUGGGACAUCGACCCUGGGGCCCAGACCUAAAUCACGGGUGACAGAGGUCCAACAGAUCUUUGACUUCAGGGCGAGUGAAGGCGGGACGUCCAGCCAGAGCAGCAGGUUGACAGCCAGUCAGGGAAGUGGCUAUGUUCCAGUAAAGCCCCGGGAUGACGGAGCAGGAGGGGUUCGGGAUGUUGAUGAGAAAAAUGUGGGCAUUCAAAAUCGUCCGAAUCUGCUCCGAGCAUCCAGCAUGCCUAUCACUCUUCAGCAGCGGAAAGGGUCAGAUUCAAGCAGUCCAGACCGUAUUGUGGGAACACCUGAGAGUGGCUCAACUGAGAACAUGUUCCGUGCAUCACCUGAUAUAACAGAAAGAAGGUGUGUCCCCCAGGAACGGACAGGACUUCACCAGCAGAUCACUGUGGCACUGAAGCGAGUCAGAGAGCUGGAAGAGCAGGUCAAAACCAUCCCAGAACUCAAGGCUCAGAUCUGCUCUCUGAGGGAGGAGAGGGAGAAGCUCCUGAUUCAGCUUCAAGCCCAGACCCAAGCCCAAGUUUCCGCAGCAUCCUCUACAAAAUUGACAAGUUCUGAUUCCAGGACGCACACUAAGCCACAAGGACACAGGCCGUCAGAAGGACUCAGCUUAGCUCUGACAACUCAACACACUGGAGGUUUAGAAGCCUCAGACAAGGCUAUAGCAAAGCCGGCAACAGGGGAAAAGAUUCAGGGGGUAACAAUGAAAGAGAAGGAGGCAAAUCAGGAACCUGUUAAACGUUCCUCAGCACAUGAAGAUUUGGUUGGGUUGUCAGAGCAAGAAUGGGAGAAACAAACACAAUCAGAAAAACAAGACAAACAAAAAGACACACUGGAGAGUCCACUGAAUCAUGCAGCUCAUCAAGAAGGUGAUGCAGCAGUAGCAGAAAUACUUCAGGACUCAGAGAGUACAAAGAAGUUGCGGGAGAAGCUAAUGAUUCUGGAGGCUAAGCUAAGUCAUGCUAGCCAAGAACUUGAGAGAACUAAUAGUCUUUUAAUAGAACAGUUAGAGGAAAACAAGGUCAAAGAAGAGAAGAUAAUGCAACUGAGUGAGGGAGUGAGGGUGGAGGUUUGUACCCCAGAGUUAGAGUUAGAAAACAGACCAAGAAGAGAGAGUAUCGAUGCUGGGACAGAGACAGAGAAGGUGGUUGUUGCCAACCAAGAGACGGAGACUGAGUCACCCGGCACAGUAGAUCAAGGAACAGACACAGAUAGAAUCUGUAUUGAAGUGUGUGUACCAUCACCCAGGACAGAUCGAGAAACAGAGACUGCUGAAAUUCAGGCUCAGGAGCAGGUUGCAGAGAUGGAGACGGAAUUAGCUGCUGUGAGUCCCCCGAGGCCGAGAGCCAACAGCAUGGAACGGGGAACAGUGACUGAGAGGAUCCCCACCCAGGAUCAGAUGACUGAGACGCCCAUAGCAGAAAGAGUGAACCAAGUCACAGAAACAGAGGGGGAGACAGUCACAGACCAUCCGCACAGACCCAGGGCUAGCAGUGUGGACCGGGGGACAGAGACAGAGAGAGUGGACACAGUGGACAGGGUGACAGAGACAGAGGUGGCACGUAGAGUGGACCAGCAGACUGGGACUGAGAUGGACAGACGACCGGAUAAUAACCCAGGCAGAGGUGCAGAGGCAGCGAGCGAUGUGAGGGAAAAUGCAGGCAGUGAAAGAAUAGAAGAUGUAGAUGCUGUGGUCAGUGAAAGAGAGGAAGAAGCUGAUGAAAGAAUUCAGAGAGAGGGAGGAGACAGUGUAAGUGUGAACGUUCAAGUUGUCGUAGAAAGUUCAAUCACAGUUGCAGAAAGCAGAGCAGAGCUCACUGUAGUUUCAGAAAUUGCAAGCCAGGAUGAAAGCCAUACAAGUCUGUCUGUUGCGGUAGGAGAAAGUACAGAAUCAAAGACUGAAAAGGUUAUGACUGUGAAUGACUCAGAAAUAAAAGAUAUUUUAGCCCCAAAGAGUGAAGCAAAAUAUAUUGUUGAAUCUCAGCAGAUUGCUCCAGAGACUGUAGAAAAGAAACAAAUCUUUGAUGCAGAGAUUGUGCAUGCAGUAAUCAAAGAAACUGUGGUCACUGACAUGGCUGUGGUAGAAACGGAGAUGGCAGUAGUUCCUGUUCGACCCCAGAGAGGUAGAAAGUCUUCAGCAGAGCAGGUACAGCCGCUACCUCCUCAACCUCAGGCUGCCCCUGUUCGGCCACGCAGGGGUUCCAGUGAAGCCCAAAAGUCCCAAUCCCAGGCAAAAACUCAGCCUCAAGUGCAGGUACAGGAUCAACCUCAGCCAGAGACCGAAACGCCUACACAGGUGUCUGAGCCAGAGGUAAAACAAGCCCCACCUUUGCCCCAGGUUGAAGUGAAACCCAUAGCUAAAAAGCCUCCUGAGGAAAAACAAGCUCAAUCUCAACCUAAGACUGAGACUAAAGGCCCAUCACCAGGCCAGAGUGAAGUCCAAAUCCGGCCAAAAUCAAUUCAAGCACAGUCCCAGUCUCAGACCGCUCUCACUCGACGAGACUCAAAAGAGCUUAAGAAGGGAUCAAGUGUGACUCAACCUCUUAGCCAUGUAUCAGGAGAAGGCAAGACCCGCCCAAUUCGCCAAGCAUCAAGUGACACCCAACCUCAGUCUCAGGGUUCUCGCAGAAGUUCCAGUGAGAUGCAUCCCCCUGGCAAAGAUGCCAGUGGGACACAAAUCCUGCGCAAAGGCUCCAGUGAAACAAUCCAGCGACGUGGUUCAAGUGAUGUUAAAGCCUCACGGCGAGACUCUGGCGAGUCCCACCCACCACGUAGAGGUUCUAGUGAAACAGUCCAGCGUCGUGGUUCAAGUGAAGCCCAAGCCUCACGUAGGGACUCUGGCGAGGCCCAGCCAACCCGCAGAGGCUCAGGUGAAGCAGCCCAGCGACGUGGUUCAAGUGAAGCCCAAGCUGUGCGUAAAGACAGUGGUGAGUCCCAGACAAGCCGCAGAGGUUCCAGUGACUCACCGACAUCCCCUGCAGCUUUGGGCCAAGUCGUAACCCGGUUAACAGGCCUUCUGGGGGAGCAAUGGGCACAGCUGGGGAGCGGCUCUGGGACUCAACAGACGGCCAGCCAGCAGGAGAGUCCCAGCACACAGAAACAGACGGCAGGGAAAAGAGCAGAGCCUGCGAAAGGAGCAACAGCCAAGUUUGCAGGGAAAGCAGCCCCUGCAGCAUCAACUGGGAAAUCAGCAGGGAAGCCUGGUCCUUCCAAAAUGAGCUCCAUUCAAAGUCAGCUGGUCAGCUCGCUCAGCGUCCUCUCUGCCUUUUACUCACCGGGCCAAAAAGCUGCUGCCAGCAAACAGCAAGAACAAGGUCUCAAAUCUAUUAUGAAGAAAAAUGGUGUUGCUGACAAGCAGGGGAACAAGGGAGCCAAGAAAAACUUGAAGUUUGUGGGGGUGAAUGGAGGUUACGAGACAACAUCCAGCGAAGAGUCCAGUGGAGAUGAGAAGUCAAAGGUAGAGGUGGAGGAGGAGGACAGCUCAGAACCAGAGGUGGAGAAGGAGAAGGAGGAGAAGGAGAAGGAUACAGAGCCCCUGCCUGAAGAGAAGCCCGAGGAGGGAGCAGAGACCCAGCAGACUGGUGCAGAGGCCUCAGCUGAAGGAGCAGGUGCUGUGGCUGCAGAGAAGGAUGCUGAAAGAGGCCUGCUUGAUCCAGAUGUAAGCCAGGAGCUCCUUGAUGAUCCAGCUGAGAGGGAAAAGGUUGACAAAGGUUUUCUGGAUGCCUGCGUAUACGUUAAAGACCGCAUGGAAGAGGUUUCAUCCCCAGAUAAGGAGAUGCGUCAGGUUUUAGUGGUGCUCUACCAGGAGUGGUUCAAGGUCUCCAGCCAAAAAGACUCACAGGCGGAUACAGUCAGAUUAUACCUACGUCAAGUGGGCUUGACCACACCCACUCUCCUGCCAUAUGUAGUUAACUUGACAGACGGGAAUGGGAAUAUGGCCCUCCACUACAGCGUGUCACACUCUAACUUCCCUGUGGUCAAACUGCUGCUCGAUACAGGUCUGUGUGAGACAGACAAUGUGAACAAGGCCGGCUACACUCCAGUGAUGCUGGCUGCUCUGACGGCUGCUGAGAGUCCUGAUGACCUGGAGGUGGCACAGCAGCUGCUGAAACUGGGUGACAUCAAUGCAUGCUCCAGACAGGCAGGCCAGACGGCGCUCAUGCUCGCGGUGAGCCAUGGCCGCGUUGCCAUGGUGAAGCUCCUCCUGAGCUGCGGCGCGGAUGUAAAUGCGAAGGACCGAGAGGGCUCCACGGCCCUGAUGUGUGCCAGCGAACAGGGACACAUACACAUCGUUCGUCUGCUGCUGGAGACGGGACGCUGUGACACCAGCCUCACUGAUAAGAACGGACAGACAGCACUGGCCGUGGCAGAGGGAGCCUCCCAAGACAUAGUGGACUUACUGAAGGCCCACCCUGCCUCCUCUGAAGCAUCUUCUACCGCAGACCUCCUCUGAGCCAGGAUGACCCAGUUUACUACUCCAGACCAGUUCAGAUAUCUGAUCUGCAAGCCUCAAGUCCAAGACCCUCUGUCCGCCAAAAGAAAGGGGGAAAAAGACUCUGAGUGACCAGAGGAGGAAAAUAUGGAGCUGCUCUGUUUACUACAUAAAAACCUCGGUGACUGAGUGUCCAACAACAAACACCCACGUGUUUUCUUCCACAUCUCUGCCCUGUGGGUGUUCUGGAUAUGCUGCAUCAACCUCUCAGUGGACAAACAACAAAAAGGGGGCAGCUUGGAUUAAUAUUAAAACAUUGCCAUGGCAACAGUGAUUAACAAAGGGGACAGGGUGAGGAUUUAGACAGACCAGGAUGGAUGACUGAAGAGAUAUUGAGACAAACUGCUGCUUCUUAUCAUCAACGAGCUCUUCAAGCAAAAUACUAAGCACAUGAUCUACCUUUCAAAUAUAAAUAUAUCAGAUAUGACAUUAUUUCUAUUUUUCUGUUGAUACAUUGUCAUCCUUUUUUAUUUGGACAUAAGCCAUUAUUUGACAAUAUAUGUAGAAUGUUAUUCUAACAGAUUAUAAUCAUAUACAAACACAGAAACUGUAUUUUCUACUGCACUUUUUUUGUGAUUGUGUACAGUGAGUUAUAAUCCUCUCUAAUAUAUAUAAGUGUUCAGAAGUAUAUCUCCAAAAGUGCAAAUUAAGAAAUGGAUAAAAAACAAUGUUUAUUCAAAUUUGCCAUCAUUCAGUGGGUAUUUGACAUCAUUAGAAGCAUUAUUUUUGCCAUAUUUUGUGAUGAAAAUUUGAUCAUAAGUUUGAUUAUUUUAAAAAUGUAUAAGGAUAAGUUGGAAAUGAAAUGUGUCUGUUGGACAAAGAUGAUUUUUAUAAUUACACCUAACCAACUAAAGAAAGACACAAGUCUUCUGAUAAGAAGAUUGUACUGUUGAGAAGGUGCUGCAUGCCAACACACAAUAACUCCCCCUACUGGUUGUCUUACAGUACAACAACAGUAUGUUCUAAUACUGUCUACUCUUGCGAUCAACUCUCUUUCCUAUAUCCCUCAGAUCAAAUAUAACGUAUGGCUUGUUCUUCUGCUUGGUUCCAAUCAUGUAUGCAACGGCUACAAAAAUGCACAAUGAAUGCAGGCUGCUGUGAUACAUUCCAAGAAAAAUAUGUAGCAAGUCUAACUAUACUGGCAUGGAGUAUGGGACUAACAGGAUAGAAGCUGUCAGAUAAUAUUGCAGGCAAACAAAAGAGUCUGCAUCCCCUUACACUUAGGACUAAGAGAAAAUCUUUAUAAAUCUAGCAUUUGAUCAUGCGUUCUUUUCUGAAGUGAUAAACUGACAUGAAAACUGAAAGUGAUUAUUUGUUAAUGGUUUGAAGUCUCUAAAGAAGCAAUAUUAUUAAUAAAAUACUAUAUUUACUAUCAGGAAGUAGUAGAGAGCAUGGCUGUUACAGGGUCUUACAUUUUAAAGGUGUGAUAUGUUUCAGGAAGUGUUGUUUUUUGCUUCUGUUUUCCACAACUCUUACCCAUAUUCCUAAAGUGUCUUCAAACAGGAGUACUGGUGUGAUAACAUGUUUACAAGUUCACAAAUCCCCUUCAGGACCGCAGCAGAAACCUAUUUGAACACUCCAAAUAGAGGCAGUACAGGCACAGACAUCCUGACUUUUGGGUUUAAACUGUGCACAAGUAGACUUAGCCACGAUGACAUCACAUCAGUUUUGACCUCCCCUUUUGAAGCCUGGGGUUAAGCAUUUCGUCCAUCCCUGCUUUAGUUUCUUGGAACCAAAAGUGACUCAUUUGAUGACAAGCUAGAUAAGUAUUGUUAUGUUUCCUAUCCUGGUUGAUCAGGCCACUGCUUUAGUUUUCUUUUCCACUUCUUAUAUGCAUUUAUGCUUUAGAAUCUAACACAAAAAAACUCACAAUUCUCUGUUUCCACAAAAUACAACCAGUGGAAUCGUGUCUUAGGUAGGUUCUUAGUCAUCCGGUUGAGCAGCCCUUUAGGAUGAGAAGCAAAGGGUCUUCAAGAACUUUAACUAAGUCCUCCUGCUUUUUGGAUUACACUUUGAUUAUCAUAAAAUCCUCUAGCUUGAGUCUUUCUGCCAUGAAAUUAAAAUCUAACCCCAAUCUUAUUAUCCUACGCUGGCGUUUGGUUAUCAUUUCUUCUCUCAGAGACAAGGUCAUGAUAAACUUAGAUCAUCAUGACAGACUAACUGAUCUUGAGGUACUUGAAAUUGUGGGGUUUGCUGUUGUUGCUGAAGGUGGACCUUAAAGGGGAAUACCACUCAUUCAAACAACUGCCAAAUCAGUGGUCCAAUGACGGCCGCAUGUGCAUCUCUACGUACAAAAAUCCCUUUCUACAGGUGCAAGAUUGUGAUCCAGUAUUUCUUUCCAGUUCUAUUUUAAUAAUUAUAUUUAUAUGCCUAUAGUCUGUAUAGUGCUGCCUUCAUAGCUAAAUUGAACUGUUUCGUUUCUGAGAUGCAGUGUGAUCCAACCACUGAUUCUGCACCAGUGCACUUGUUUUUUAGAUACUUUAGUGAUUUGGGUGGUAAUAUUGCAGGAGAUAGACUUAUUAGAUAAAUUACAGUAUAUAGUUAUGUAGUGGCUGCAUUUACUCAUCAACAAUGGGAAUUUUGUAACAGAGACUUAUUAAUCAGAUCACCGCUCAGUCUCAAAGUACUGCAGAUUUCUCAACAAAUAAGGCAACAUUUACUCAAGAGUGUGGAAAGAAAUCACACAGGAAUUCAGAAAACUCUGAAUUUGAACCACGCAUCACAUCCAAUUCUUGACUGUCUGAACUUUAAAGUACAAAAACAAAAGCUAGCUCCCCACAUUUCAGAGCCCCACAGAAGGAUUUGAUGGGUGCUGCGUGAAUUAUCUGGUAUAUCUGGUCUUCCGUGCCUGUGUAUCAAGUCUUUAAAAUGAAUCAAAUCCACAUGUUUAAUCCAGUGUGACCCAGAUGUAAUAAGGUUCAUGACUGGCUAAACACCAAAGAACUGAAAUCUGAUUCACAUGGGGUUAAGUGUAAAGAUUUAUCUGUACAUGUACAUACAGUAUUGUGAAAAAUAUAUAACAAGUAUUGUCUGACAGUUGCUCUAAAAAAAUAAUAUUAGUAUUAUUCCAAAUGCUAUAUUUUUUACCAUAUAUAGAAUACUUAUGUAUGCAUGGAUAUCAUAUAUCGGGUGAUUGGAAACUACGCUGAGAGUUCCCUGAUGAUGUGAUUAUUCGGCUCAUCGUUGAUUGGUCGGGGUCGUGUAGUACGUGUGUGAUUUGACAGGUUGUGGACUGUGUCAUGUGACCUUUGAUGCUACCUAUGAUGUUUGUGGGGGAAAUAUGAAGCAGUCAAAACACUGGCUGAAGCUAUAGGGAGAUGUCUCUAUUGUUGAAUAUCCAUCUGAAAAUUGAAGUAUGAACAUGGGUCAAAUGUACAAAUCCUGUACCUCUCUAAAGUUAUCUUGUACAAUGGGCUUCUAUGUAACAAAUCAGAGAAAUACUUCUAAUAAAUAAAUAUGAAGAUUUAAAA